AUGUUUAGUCUAAAAUAUAACGGCAUUACACAAGGUUCGCAUCAUAGACCUCAAAUGUCUGCGCCGCUUUUGAACGCGCACUGUCCCAAUCCCAAUGUGGGCCUAGCGGGCAGCUUGUUGAACACCUUGAUACAGACGCUCAUUACCGCGCAAUGCGCAAUAUCCGCCAAGGACGAUUGGCCCAAGGACUAUGGCGAAGAGGCGCUGAAUAGUGGUUUGUCGACAUAUGACUUUGUGGUGGUCGGCGCUGGUACGGCUGGCUCUGUGGUUGCUAGUCGUUUGAGUGAGAAUCCUAAUUGGAAGGUACUCGUGCUGGAGGCAGGCGGUGAUCCACCGCAGGAAUCUGAGAUACCCAGUUUUUAUCCGUAUACGUUGUUUACGAAUCACACCUGGAACUAUUACACUGAACCGCAGACCAACGCCUGCUUUGCUGCGCGUGGACGCGCAUGCUACUGGCCGCGCGGUAAAAUGAUUGGUGGCACCGGCGCCAUAAACGGCAUGAUUUUUGUGCGUGGCAAUCGCCGCGACUAUGACAACUGGCUGGCUAUGGGCAACGUCGGUUGGGGUUGGGAUGAUGUGCAGCGCUACUUCCGUAAAGCUGUAACCCCAGUCGGCAAUCGCACGCAUCCCAUGGGUCACGUGGUGCUGAAUGAUUUCAAUUUCGCAUACGAUGAUAUUCUCAAUUUGGUUUGUAAUGCUUCGGCAACGUUGGGUGUGCCGCGUGUGAAGGAAAUUGGCGAUGAUGGCGCAGCCAUUGGUUGUACACGCGCGCCAGGCACCCUGGAGAAUGGUAGACGCAUGAGCACCGGUAAGACUUAUCUGGCACGCGUAAGUAAACGUCCGAACCUACAUGUAAUCAAGCAUGCGCGUGCAAUAAAAAUCAAUUUCGAUAAGAGUGGGCAGCGCGCAACGUCGGUGACAUUCAUGUUGCGCGAGAUGUACAGCAUGACAGCAAAGUUUCAACGCGAAGUUGUGGUUUCUGCUGGCACAAUUGAGUCGGCGAAGCUGCUGCUGCUCUCAGGAGUUGGACCGAAGUCACAUUUAGAUGAAAUGAAGAUUCCAUUGGUGCACGAUUUGCCCAUUGGUAAUAAUCUGCAAGAUCAUGUAAUGUCUUCGAUAUAUUUCAAAAUGAAUGCGCGUCCUAAGAAGCGUAUUACCAACGAGCAGGCCAUGCAUAGUAUGUUUGACUAUUUGUUGCAUAGAAAGGGACCUUUCUCCAGUCCAUCUACCGUUUCCAUGGUUAGUUUUGUCAAUACGGUGCCCAAAAGCGAUGUGCCAUACCCCACAACCGAGUUCCACAACAUAUUCAAUCAUUACAGUGACAUCGGCGCAAUAAAUCUAUCCACCGAUUCGUUAGCAAUGCAAACACAGUAUGCUGAUUACUUACGUCGUGCUGUGAAUCAAACAGAUUUGAUGCAUACCUUCAAUGUGCUUGCGCAUCCGAAGUCAACCGGACAAAUACGUUUAAAAAGUAAAAACUAUAAAGACAUGCCACGCAUUAUACCCAACUACCUCACAGUGCCGGAGGAUUUGGAUAACAUGUUGCAUGGUGUGCGCUUUCUGGAGCGCCUAGAGCGUACUGCAGCAUACCGCGCUGUAAAUGCCACCAUACUACAUAUACCUGUAGAGGAAUGUGAUAAGCUGAAAUUUAGAAGUGACGAUUAUUGGCGGUGUUACAUUAAAUAUUUCAGUGCGACUCUUUUCCACAUAACAGGAACUGUGAAGAUGGGUCCACCAACCGAUGUUACUACGUGUGUGAAUUCGCAACUGCGUCUGCAUGGCACUUGGAAUGUACGAGUGGCGGAUGCGAGCAUAAUGCCCAAUGUGGUAAGCGCUAAUACCAAUGCGGCAAUCAUCAUGAUAGCGGAGCGUGCAGCGGAUUUCAUAAAAACGGAUUGGGCCGUGCUGAAGGCGUUGUCACAAAGACAGCCUACUAGUAAUAAGAAAGAUUAACAUCUAAUUAUUGUUGUGUUUAUAAUCAUUCUUUAAUUUUUAUAAUUCGAUUCUUAUCAAUGCUGAAAUUUUUUGAUACUGUUUUAUUUAUUUACAAAUGCAAUCGACCUCUGUCUAAUAAGAAAUCUAUUGUGAAUGGCAAAGUAUGUCGGCGAAUUCGUCACAGAAUGAAAUGCGAUGGUAUUGCCAAAUAUAUAUUUGCUUUGCACAAUUAAUUUGUUAUUUAUUUAUAAUAAAAACCUGCAAUAAAUGUCAUUACGAAUCUGCAUUAAAAUGGGUCAAAUAUGCAAGUUAAACCAAAUCAAGCCCGCUAAUGUAGAUUAUCGCUACCAUCUGUCUAGGCUAUUAAUUAGUUUGACAUUUCUACUAUUUAAGCAUUUGCCGUUAAAAGUCAUAUGGCAACCACACUCAUGCAGUUUCGCCCCAAAGCAGCUGUUUUCUGCUCCCCAAUUGGCGAAUUGGCCGUAAUUUUUACAAAUUUUAGUGAAACGUUUUUUCAUCGUUCUUUUGGUGGCAUUUGCCUUAGUGUUGUUGUUUUUUGCGCUGUGGGGUCUGAUUUGCCAGCUGCUCCUCAUUUCUUUACGUGAGUAAACGUCAAAUAAACGAAACAUCAACGAUUACAAAGCUCGAACAGGAACUCCCGACCGUGUUGCCUUGCCCGGAAAAUGCAACACCGGGCCCAAUUCACUUUCAGUCUUGCCGUCAUUCUCGUAGCAAACUCGAUUUUCGGAAUUUGACAGCAGAGCUGCAAGACGGAUAUGUUUUUUUAAAUAAUUUUUUCAUAUUUUCACAUUAGUAAAAUUUCUAUUUAUUAUUUUUAAACGUCUUUUUAACCAUACGGGAAAUAAAAUAAUAAAAAAAUUCCAAUACUAUUUCGAUCGACAACAUUGGGCAGUCAAAUAAAUUUUCUUGUGCAAAAUUGUUUGUAUGUCGACGAACAAGAGCGAAAA